CAGGCAACAAAUGUGACCUACCAAGCGAACCAGGUGUCAAGGGCAAAGAGAGGUCAAGUACUUGGAACGAAAGGUGGAUUUAGGGGCUGUACCAUAUGGUUUACCGGUUUAUCUGGAGCUGGCAAGACAACGAUAGCGUUUGCACUGGAAGAAUAUUUGGUCAGUCAGGGAAUCCCAUCAUACAGCUUGGAUGGCGAUAAUAUAAGACAUGGCUUGAACAAGAACCUGGGAUUCAGUCAGGAAGACCGCAUGGAAAACAUUAGAAGGAUUUCUGAGGUGGCCAAGUUGUUUGCUGACGGGGGCAUCGUCUGCCUCACCAGCUUCAUCAGUCCUUUCAAGAAGGACAGAGAAAUGGCGCGAAAGUUGCACGAGGAGGCAGGGCUUCCGUUCUUCGAAUGUUUCGUGGACACCCCGCUGGAGAUCUGCGAGAAGAGGGACGUGAAGGGACUGUAUAAGAAAGCCAGGGCCGGGCAGAUCAAAGGAUUCACUGGGAUUGACCAGCAAUACGAGAACCCGCCAACUCCUGAGAUAAGUCUGAAGGCAGGCGAGUUGACGGUGGACGAGUGUGUCCAGCAGAUGGUUGAGAUGCUCUACACCAAGGGACUUCUACCAGUAUCCGUAAUGAGUACAGUUAAGGAGUUGUUCCUGCCUGAAGCUGCCGUGCUGACUGCUCGGAUGGAAGCACGAGAUCUCCAAUGUCUCGAUAUUAAUACGCUCGAUUUUCAGUGGGUGCAGGUGCUAUCCGAGGGCUGGGCCAGUCCCCUGACCGGCUUCAUGAGGGAGAAGGAAUUUCUGCAGAGUCAACACUUUGGUUGUUUGCUGGAGGGAGGUACUAUCAAUCAGUCAGUACCAAUUGUACUGCCCGUAAGUACCAAGGACAAAGAAAGAUUGGAAGAUUGUACGGCCAUCUCUCUGAAGUAUGAAGGAAAGAUUGUGGCCAUCCUGAGAACUCCUGAGUUCUAUCCCCAUCGUAAGGAGGAGAGAUGUGCCAGGCAGUUUGGGACCACCCAUAAGGGACAUCCUUACAUUCAGAUGAUAAACGAGAGUGGUGAUUGGUUGUGCGGCGGGGACCUGGAAGUGAUGGAACGCAUUCGUUGGAACGACGGACUCGAUGAUUACAGACUGACACCUGCCGAGUUGAGAGCCCAAUUCAAAAAGAUGAAUGCGGAUGCAGUAUUUGCGUUUCAACUACGUAACCCAGUCCACAACGGGCACGCCCUGCUGAUGCACGACACGAAGAACAAAUUGAAGGCGAAGGGGUACAAGAACCCCGUCCUGUUACUCCAUCCUCUUGGUGGCUGGACAAAGGAUGACGACGUGCCCCUUCCGUGGCGAAUCAAACAGCAUCAAGCCCUGCUGGAUGAGGGUGUCCUUGACCCCAAGUCCACUGUCAUGGCCAUCUUCCCAUCACCGAUGAUGUAUGCUGGUCCUACUGAGGUUCAGUGGCAUUGCAAGGCUCGCAUGGCGACGGGCUCCAACUUCUACAUCGUUGGGAGGGACCCGGCCGGCAUGCCCCACCCUGACACCAAGGAGGACCUCUAUGAUCCCACCCACGGAGCUAAGGUUUUAACAAUGGCUCCAGGACUGACCCAACUUGAAAUCGUACCCUUCAAAGUGGCCGCAUACAACUUGAAGAAGAAGGCUAUGGACUUCUUCGACCCCAGCAAAAAAGAUGACUUCCUGUUCAUCUCCGGCACUAAAAUGAGGGCCCUGGCAAGAGCGGGAGACACGCCCCCGGAGGGCUUCAUGCCCCCAAAAGCGUGGAAGAUCAUGGUGGAUUAUUAUCAGAGUAUCGCUAAGAAGUAA